AUGAAUGAUAGAAUAUAUUGUGCACGAAAAUUAACAAGCACAGAAGCUAAUCAUUAUUUAGCAAUUGAUAGUAACGAAGAAAAUGGAUUCGAGCACGAGUCGUCAACAGAUGACAAUGAAAAUUAUGAUCCUGACAGUGGUAUGAACUCACCAUCAACAAUCAGUCCAAAUGCUGAAAGUAUAACAAAAUUUGAGAUUUUACCAAAUGAAUUAUUAUUGGUGACAUUUGACUAUCUCGAUAGUAGCGAUGUAUUGUUUACAUUUAGUAAUUUAAAUCAUCGUUUAGACAAUUUGUUACAAGCAUCAUAUCGUCAUUUACAUUUUGAUUUUCGUUUAAUAAAAAAGUCAAAAUUUGAUUUUAUUUGUCAAAUUUGGAACAUUCAUCACAUACAUACAUUAAUAUUAUCCGAUGAUGAUAAUUAUACAUGUGGUUUAAUUAAUUUAUUUCUUAACUUAUUUCAACUUCAAGAUUUCAUUAAUUUGAACAGAUUAGAGUUAUUUUAUGUAAAUAGUUAUCUAAUGGAAACUAUUUUACCAAGUUUAUAUCAUUUAAAAACCUUAACUUAUCUAUCAAUAUUAGAACAUCAAUGUUCGAGACAGAUCAUUGAAAAUGUUUGCAGAACGAUAUUUUUAAAUAACGCUAUACCAACACUAAAAUAUUUUAUAAUUAGUAAUCUUAACUAUGAUGUUCACUUUAAUCAUGAAGAAAAAAAUAAAACAAAUAUUGAAUAUUUAUCUAUUGGAAAUAUUUAUUACGAUGAGUUUAUUAAGUUAUUGCCUUCUGUACCAAAUUUAAAAUAUUUAGAUUGUCUUGUAACUUAUUCGUCCACUAAUAAUCUGAAAUUUGUUUUACCAAAUUUAACAUCAUUAAAAUUAAAAUUAUCAAACACAAACCUUACUUUUGAUUAUUUUGAAUCAUUAUUAAUGUCUAUUUCUAAUUUAAAAAGAUUACAACGUCGUUUAAAGAUUUCUUCCAAUAAUAUUAAAUAUGAAAUAGUUGAUGGUCAUAGAUGGGAACACUUAAUUGAAACAUAUUUAAAACGGUUGACGAAUUUUGGUUUUAUAUUUGAUAUUAGGGACACAGUUUGUAUAACUGAUGAUGAACUUUCAGAGCCAUUUACGACUGAUUUUUGGUUAGAACAACAUCAAUGGUUUGUGGCACUCGAAAAUAACGAUUAUUCUUCUACUCUUUUUACUAUCCCAUAUAUAGAAAAGACAUAUACAUUAAGACAAUCGACAUUCUUAACAACAUCAAUAUCAUUGCUAUCAUGCUAUUCCAGUAAUGUAGAGAAAAUAACAGUCAAUUUCUCAAAACAAUCAAUACCAAUAUCGUCAGUCUUAUUAUUUGAUCAUUGUUAUUAUUCAAAUGCACGGUCGUUAAAACUAUGGAUGAUGGAUGAAGAUGUAACAUUUGAUCAACUGAAUCAAUUUAUUCGUAUAUCGAAAUUAACAAAUUUAAGUAUUGAAUGCGAAAUUAAUCCAGUUCUUUUCUCAAAAAUAUUAGAUAAUGUGCCUAAUCUAAAUUCAUUAAAAAUCAAAUAUCGUAAUUUAUGUCUAGUCACAACUGAUUUUGAAAAUAAACGAAUAUGUCAACAGAUAAAAGAAAAAAUAACAAAAUUAAAUAUAAUUGAUCAAGAUCAUCAAACAGCCUUAAUUGGAAAACAAAUUGAAAAUUUAUGCCAAUUAUUUUCAUCUAAUUUACAACAACUAUCAAUUCGUAUACAAUCUUUAGAUGAUAUUCCAUUUAUAUUAAAUCAGUUCAAUAAAUUAGCAUUUAUUAGGAUACAAUGUAAACAAUUUAGACGUACAGACGAUAUUUAG